AUGGAUUCUAAGGACACACAAAAGUUACUUAAGGAGCACCGAAUCCCUUGCAUCGACGUUGGAUGGUUGGUCAGACCCAGUGCCUCCACCGUAAGCAGCCUCAGGCAUGGGAAGUCUAGGUCCAAGGGCGACAGUGUGGCUCCUGACGUCCAGAUGGACACUGCUCGCUCGCCCGUUUUCGAAAUGUCUGUAGACUCGUCUAGCAGCAUUCUUUCUUCAAAUGACAAAGCACGUCGUCACUCAGUAGCAGCAAGCUCGCUAAUGAACAACCAGCGCUUCAGCAUUGGCGCCACUGCUGGUUCUACGAACAUCCCACCCCCUAGGGGAAGGUCCAAGUCAGUGGUGGAGGCUAACGUUUCUAGCGUUGAAGCUGACGCAGGCCGUCGCCACCAUCACCAUCAUCACACAGAAGAUACUCCUGCGCCCAAGAAAAUUGGAUUUUUCAAGAGCUUAUUUGGCCAUAGGAAAAAGGAUCAGGAACAACAAGAAAAGGAAAGAGAAAGGAAAGAGCACUCAUGCUCACGCUCGCCCUCUCCAACUCACGUAGACGGCAGGGCCGCCGUAAGAAGAGAACGAACUGCUACUAUAUCUGCUGAAUCACCCCCGCCGUUACAGUACGAUACUCCGCUCUCUUAUAACGAUGGCAUGGUACCGCUAACAAGGUCUAAGACGGAAUCAGAGGUAUACUACGAAAAUCAUCCACAAAACCGCUACCAUGGCCGUGUGGCCGCAUAUCACACCCCAGAAGAAGGUCAGACUGACGAUUCUUCCCCCAUGGACGAUCGUGACUGCGAUAGUUCUCGCCCUGACCCGCGAUUGAUGGAUUUUUUGCGCUAUUACAAAUCUAAGGACUACAAAUUAGCCGCCUUUAAAGAGGGAAACUUUAUAAAAUCAUCUGCCUCUCCCCCAGUCAAGAGAAGUACACGCGCUUCGUUCUCAUUUCAUAACGACAGGCCAGCGCCUCCCAAAGAAAGUGUUCACCAGAAAUUUGACGCUAAGGGGAGACCUAUUCCACCUCAUCCUGACAAACCAAAAUUGCCGCCUGCUUUCAAGAAGAAGCAAUUAACCAGUGCAUCAGUAGCAGACGCAGUGAAUUCCAACUCCGAUGUUUCCUCAUCAACGCAGAACAAUAAUCCGGCACCUUCCUCCCAUAAGUUCGGCGCAUUUUUAAGGAAAGUUACUUCUUACGGGAACAAUAACAACAGCAACUCCUCUUCCAUUUCUGCCAGCAACAACAACAACAACCCAGAUAUCUCAUCAACAUCGCUAUGGUCUUUUAAUUCAAUGGAGUUCGAUCCCUCGAAAAUAACCACCGUUCCUGGCCUUGAGCAUGUAAAGCCCUUGAAACACGUAUCCUUCGCUACAAACACGUAUUUCAACGAUCCCCCACAACAAAUAUGUAGUAAAAACCCUCGCAAGGGUGAGGUGGAAGUGAAGCCCAAUGGGUCUGUUGUCAUACACAGGUUAACCCCACAAGAACGGAAAAAAAUCAUGGAAACGACCAGUUUGGGCGUUGUGGUGGGGGGUACCGGACAAUUGAAACUAUUAAAUCCUGAAGAAGACGAUGCUAACGCCAAGAGUAAAGAAGAAAUGGCUCCUCAAAAGCAAAACACAAUAGAACCACACGAUGACGAAGACAAUAAUUCUCAGAGGAGAAACAUCGUUAUGGCUGCUGCGGAAGCCGCUGCAGAGGCGCGAGCUAAAGAGGCUCCAAACGAAUUGAAACGUAUUGUUACCAACAAUGAAGAAGAGGUUACUGUCAGUAAGACCGCCAGUCAUUUGACUAUUGACAAACCGAUGAUUUCCAGAAGGGGUGCUUCUACAUCUUCUUUGGCUUCUAUGGUAUCCAGCGAUACAAAUGGCACGAACGCAGAUGACGAAGGAGAGAUCAUGCCUCCCACUUGUUUGAAGAUUCCUCACGACAUUGUGUAUACCCGUUGUUGCCACUUACGAGAAAUUCUACCGAUACCGGCUACUCUCAAGCAAUUGAAAAAAGGCUCCACAGAUCCUAUCCCCAUACUACAGUUACGUAACCCAAGACCUUCAAUGGUGGAAAUUUGGUCAUUCAGCGAUUUCUUGAGUAUUGCUCCCGUGUUGUGCCUUUCUUUGGACGGCGUACAAUUGACUGUCUCAAUGCUUAGAAUUAUUUUGAGUUCGUUAAUCUAUAAAGGAAAUUUUCAAAAGCUUUCCCUAAGAAACACUCCCUUAGAUGAAGAAGGAUGGAAAGUUUUGUGUUAUUUUGUCUCCAAGGCCAAGUCGUUGCACUCGAUUGACUUGACAAUGGUACCCUCCAUCAAGACAAACGUACAAAAGCCUUCGAAAUCCUCUUUGAAGUCAAAAGUUUUGAGAAUGCAAUGCAACUUAGAAAAUAGGUCUGACAUGAAUUGGGAUCUCUUGACGGCUUCUAUUGCCCUAAUGGGCGGUUUGGAGGAAAUCGUAAUUUCUGGGGCGCAAAUGAAUGCCGCACAAUUCAAAAACUUCAUCCUCGUUGCAUGCAUAGCCACUGAGAGAUUGGGGCUGGCUUAUAAUGGGCUGACCAACAGUCAAUGCGAUGAUUUAGCUAAAUGGAUGGUUCAAUCUAAAGUGACAGGCCUAGAUGUCGGUUUCAACGAUUUGAAUGGCAAACUAUCUUCCUUCACAGACGCUGUUUUAGGCAAAAUCCAAAAGGCUAACGAGAAAAACGUAUUCAAGUUUUUAUCGUUGAAUGGGACAAACUUAACAGUUAACGAACAUGACACUUUUGAGAAUAAUGAGGUUUUAAAAUUAAUCAGUGUUUUAUGCUACUCAGAAAAUUUAAAAUUCUUGGAUAUAUCGAACAACCCUGCCAUUUUCCCACAUUGUGUCCCAACUUUAAUCGAUUUUCUACCUGUUUUCGUUAAUUUGGUCCGUUUGCAUAUUGACUACAAUAAUUUAAGCUCCACCAGUGUAGUUAUGUUGGCUGAGGUAUUACCCAUGUGUUCAAGAUUGAACUAUUUCUCCAUGCUAGGAACGGAAUUGGAUUUGGCAUCUUCCAAGGCUUUAGCAGAGGCAGUGAGAAAGAGUUCAUCUCUGAUGACUUUGGACAUAGAUUACGUUUAUAUGCCGGAAAACAUUAAGGAAAAAAUUUCAUUGUAUGCCUUGAGGAACAUUCAGGGUGAGUUGAAAAGAGUACACGAUGACGAUAAAGAUAUCAAAGACACUCAAUUCUCAAGUUUACAGGAUCAAUUGUCGGUUUUGUUAACCGAAAAGGCAGAUAAUUCCGAGCAUUACAACAAAAUGGUUGAAAAUUUCAUGGCCAAGAUUGCAUUGGCACGUAUCAAGAUUAGUAAAGUGGUUCAUGAUCUUUUCGAUUUGAAACUUAAUGGUCAAUUAAAUCUUGAAGGCAAAGAAGCUUUGAUUAGAUUGUGCUUCAUCGAGGCAAGUUUGGAAAGAGGUUGCGACCUGCUGAAACAAAGGCAUCAUAACACUUUGAAAAUACCAGACUUGGUGUCAAAAGACCCAAAAUCAGGUAACCAAGCAGUUCCGAAUUCAGAAAGUUGUCAAAGGAUAUUACUGAGUUCAUCUAUCUUACAAAAUUCAGAUCACAUUGCGCUAAUGCCAUUCGGCAGUGCAAUAGUUGAAAAAUCAAGUCCUGAUGCAGAAGAUGCCGUAGAAUUUAGAGAAGGCGAUGACUCAAACGUAAAUCACGAGUUGGCACCAGCAGAUGACCAACAAUCUAGAGAUCAAGUCGAUAUCAAGAAUAAAUAUUCCAUUAUAAAAAGAGAACUAGAACACGAAAAGCUUGUUGGCGGCGGCGACUUACCCGUGGACAAGGAAAUUCUAAAUCGCGCUGCACAAUCCUUAGAUAGUGAUCAGAUAAAGGAAUUUUUAUUGAAAAAUGAUGUCUCCACUAUAUUAGGUGUCAUUGAUGAGCUGCAUAGCCAAGGAUAUCACUUGCAUCAGAUUUUCAAGAAGCAAGAAAAUCAAGAGGAUACUGCCUUCCAAACAAAGGAUGCACUGGAUCCAUCGCAAGCGGACGAUUCAAGUGCCAAUGCAUCUCCCACAACUGACAAGACAUUAUCAAGCUCUAAUGCUACUAAGACGAAUAAUGGUUCCCAGAUUCCUCCCACUGAUGCGCCUGAGUUUAAAAAAUUUAUGAACAAUGCAGAGGAAAAUGCCAUCGACGCUGCGUAUGAUGAUGUGCUAGAUAAAAUUCAGGAUGCGCGGAACAGUAAUACCAAAUAA